GUGGUGGCAGCGCGAUAUGGCUUCUCAUUUAUGGAAUUUAUUAUUGGCUAUCACGGCUGUCUCUCGAUUCGAUGGCGAGCGUCGUUUUAUACUUUGGCUACCUUCUCAUUUUGGCGCUGAUCAAUUUCAUCGUUACUG